AUGGCCGCUUUCCGCAGAGUGGCCUCGUUGGCCGUUAAACUUAACCUGUGCUCGGUGUCAAAAAACGAAUUGGCCGGGCGUCUGGCCGCCUCCAGAGCGCGGAAGUGUCUCACAUUCGGGCUUUGUCUGGCGACGGGAGGCGCCGUGGCACUUUACUUCUACGAGGACAUAACUAACCGCAGAGGCUGGAGGAGGACGAUGGGGACUCACAGCAUCCACGGUUUGCUGCCGUCCAUCCCAGCUGUUGAGGCUAAAGAGAUGGCACAUCCAAUGGAAUUUGAAGAAGGAGAGGUCCACAUGUCGUCCCUUGAGCAUCGAUUCCGUAUGUUUAGCUCUGUGGAGUAUGAAGGACAACUCUACAUGACUCCUCAGAACUUCAUUGAGUCAGUUACCAUGAGUGAACCAAGGAAAAAGAGGCCCUGGAGGUCCCUGACCAAACAGGAGCUGGAAAAAAUUCUAUCAGAUACACCUCCUGUAUGGAGAGGAUCAUCCAAAUUAUUCCGUAAUCUGAGAGAACGAGGUAUCAUCUCAUACACAGAGUACCUCUUCCUGCUCUGCAUCCUGACAAAGCCGCAUGCUGGUUUUAAGAUUGCUUUCAAUAUGUUUGAUGCAGACGGCAACCAGAUGGUGGACAAGAGGGAGUUCUUGGUGCUUCAGGAGAUCUUUCGGAAGAAAAAUGAGAAAAAAGGCCGGAGAGGGGAUGCUGAGAAGUCAGCACAGUUGAGUAUGCAGCUGUAUGGAUAUCAGGUUGCCCCCAUGAACAGCGUGCUAAAAAAAGACAGUCAAGAGUUUGUGGCACGGAGUUACUGGGACGUUCUCAGGCGAGGCGCCAGCCAAAUCCUCUUUUCUGACCUGGCAGAGCGUGCUGAUGAGAGUUUAACCAUUGACACCACCCUGCUGGUCCAUUUCUUCGGAAAGAAAGGGAAGGCCGAGCUCACGUUUGAUGACUUUUAUAGAUUCAUGGACAACCUCCAGACUGAGGUGCUAGAAAUUGAAUUUCUGACUUACUCUAAAGGGAUGGCCACAAUCAGUGAAGAGGACUUUGCCAAGAUCCUCCUGCGCUUCACCAAUGUGGAAAACAUUGGUGCCUAUUUGGAAAAUGUCAGGCACAGCAUCCCUGAUGAAAAGGGAAUUACCUUUGAUGAGUUCCGUUCCUUUUUCCAAUUUCUCAACAACCUUGAGGACUUUGCCAUUGCCAUGCAGAUGUAUAAUUUUGCCUCUCGCUCCAUCGGACAAGAUGAGUUUGCAAGGGCUGUAUAUGUGGCCACAGGUCUUAAGCUGACACAUCACUUGGUCAACACUAUCUUCAAGAUCUUUGACGUGGAUCACGAUGAUCAACUCUCUUACAAAGAGUUUAUUGGCAUCAUGAAGGACAGACUGCACCGAGGUGCCAGGGGAUACAAAGCAAUGGAGCGAGCCAUCUCUUUUAGAUCCUGUCUGAAAAGAGAGCUGGCAAGCAGAUAA